AUGUCCGCGACGUCCGCGAUCGCCAUCCUCGCGGUGUUCGUCCUCCUCGACGCGUGCAAGCACUGGAUCUCGCACGCGCGCGGCACCGGCCACGCCUGGCUCUUACAACAGGACAUCAUCGCGCUGCGUCGCUCCAUCGCGCGCGGGAGCGCGUCGCCGCGCGCGGCCGCGGCCGCCGCCGCCGCGGCGGCCGCGCCGUCCGACCCCGACCGCGCGCGUCCGUUCGUCUCCGUCGCGCACGCGCGCGAGCGGCUGCUCCGCGACAAGGAGCGCGCGCUGACGCGCGCGCAGACGCCCGCGCUGCGCCGCGCCAUGUUCCUCUCGCACUACCUCCACGUCGCGAAGGGCGUCUUCGGCGUCGGCGUCGUCCUCGCGCUGUGGAGCGGGGACGAGCCGCUGUUCGAGGUGCAGCGGAACGCGGUGUGGCCGCUGGGGCGGUGGCUCGCGGCGCCGCACGGGCAGAGCUGGGAGGCGGGCGCGGUGGCGGUGACGCCGUGGACGCUGCUGUCGGGUGCGUUCUGUGUACCACUAUCUGAUGCGAACGUUUGCGUUUUUCACCCAUCGCCCGGUUUCAACAUUUGA